AUGGAGCAGACGUUUAUGACCAUCCAUAACUUAUCCUGCGACGCCAACAUUCUCUUCUGUACGGAGUCGGUGGUUGAUAUUUUGGGCUAUCAGCCUCACGAGAUUCUGGGGAAAUCCAGUUUCGACUAUUUCCAUCCCGAUGAAGUGCCCUUCGCGCGCUCGGUGCAUAAUCGAGGUGUGCUGCUGGACAAGGCAGCAGUUCUGCAUUAUGCUCGCAUCUUAUCCAAAGAUGGUCGGUGGGUAAGUUGCGAGUGCUGUUUUACGGUUGUUCACAACGUAUUGGUGGCUUGCACAAGCAUAUAUCGUCGUGGUGAGAAAAGUGAGAGACGGGCGAUUGAGGCACCUCAGAUACGAAGAAUCUUCUCCUGUUCACCGAGGGACCCUCGCUACCAUAUGUUAGAACACCUAUCACCCAAAUUCAAAAUGCAGCCUACAGAGCGGGAACCCCGCGCUGCCUUAAUCUUAAAUAGGUUUACCCGGACGUUGACCAUCAUGUUUGCGACGAAUGCUGUAUCCUUGAUACUGGGUGUUGGGCCAGACGAACUGAAGGGCAAGAGUCUUUAUGAAUGUAUUGCAGAGAACUGCUGGGGUGAUGCCAUCAGAUGCCUCGAGAGCGCCAAGGCCAACGACUCUAUUGCUUACCUUCGCUUCUGGUCACGAGAUCCUCGAGUGCGACAGGACCCCGGAGAAAAUGAGGGUGACAUCGAUAUGGAGGAUCAACAAGAUACGGCAUCGGAAAAUGACUCUGAUGGAGGUGUCUCGAUACGUGACCAAUCAGCCGAGUUCAUCAAGAGGGAGACAACUAGCAGCCCUCAGCCUGUGGCUCCAGAUCAGCUAAAUGCUCAGCACCAGUUUUCAGCCGCACCUAGUAGCCGAGCUCAGGUGAUAAGCCCCGAAGGCUCUCAACGACUCGAAUCACAGCAGCAGCUACCAGCUCGAGGUCGCGAACCGAUACCAACGCGUGAACUCGAGGCCGUCGUUUCUUGUACUUCAGAUGGGUUGGUCAUGGUUCUGAGAAGGGCGCGGCCACAGAUACCGUCCCUUCGCCCGCCAAUGCUCCCAACCAACUCUGAAAAUGGGUUGUUUGCGGCACCCUGGAGCGAGCACCCGGUUCGUCCCAACUAUCCGCCAGAACCACCAUAUAAUUUCCAGCCACCUUAUCUACCUCAAUACAUGCCUGUAAGAGAGGAUGUAAAGGCAGCGGAAGGACCACCGAGCGAUCAACUAAUGAAAUCAAUUAGGGAUGUAGCCGUCUUCGCAUGGGGACUCGUUGGAAUCAACGGGAAUCUUGCUACCUACGCUCGUGGUAACCCAAGUGGCGAGUCUCAGCCUCCUGACGGGCUUCCAAUUUGGGACCCUACUGCCUCCGAAAAUUCCUACCUUGGACCUGAACCGCUAUCUUCCUCAAGAUAUCGGCGCGAUAGGCCCAUGCAAGAGCGCCAAGCUGAUACAAUUCCUCCAAGGCAUCUAUCGGGGUUUGAACGGCAAUAUCGCACCCAUACACACGAUCCAGCCGAUAGCGUGCAUUCUAGCAGCUCGAAUCCUUCCCAGUGGCGGGAUCCAAUGGUUAUAAGGCCUUCACAGCAACUGCAACCUUGCUCUAGCUCCCAACAACAGCGUCAGCAACAGCAACCGUUCGCUGUGUCUGGGUACCAAAACAACUUCCACCCGCAGCAGUGGUCAGAACCGUCUGUCCCAGCCAAUCGACUUGACGUGAAUGAAGAUCAAGGUUGCACCACACAAGCUACUGCCCAUGGAAAUUCGCCAGAGGAUUUUAGUCAAUUGGGAACAAGGAGAUUGUUCGAAUAG